AUGGAUGUUGGAGAUAAAAGUUGGAUGGAUCUCCGAAGAUCCACCGAUGAGUAUACCCAUGGAGUUAAUGAUUUCCUAGAUAAGGCAUUUGAACGAGCUUCCCAAGAAGAUGAAAUAUUAUGUCCUUGUAAGAAGUGCUUUAACUGUUAUUGGCAUUGUCGAAAUGUGGUGGAGGAUCACUUGAUUUGUCAUGGAUUGGUUCAUGGAUACACCAAAUGGGUUUUCCAUGGAGAAGGGUUUUCCUCAAGAAAUAUUCCACAUCCAACCAAUGAUAAUGAAAAUUUCGACAGGCAAGACGGUAUUGAUAAACUACUUCAAGAUACUUUUAGAAAUGUCACAGAUGACUUGAGGCAUGAAGGAGUAAGAAAGGGACUAUCUGAAGAUGCAAAGAGAUUCUUUAAGUUAGUGGAAGAAGGGAAGCAAGAGUUAUAUCCGGGGUGUAAGAACGUUUCUAAGUUGAAUUUCACCAUUCGGUUAUACUUGUUUAAAUGUAUUCACAAGUUGAGUAAUGUAGCCUUUUCAGAUUUGUUAGACUUGAUAAAAGAGGCAUUUCCCUUUGCUCAGAUACAUGAGUCUUUCUACAAGGAAAAAAAGGUGAUAAAAGAUUUAGGUCUUCAUUAUGAAAAAAUUCAUGCAACAAAGGUUUUAAGGUACUUUUCUUUAAAGCCUAGGCUUCAGAGGAUAUGCAUGUGUUCUGAAACAUCUAUUGCUAUGAGAUGGCAUGAUACUGAACGACCCAAAGAUGGAAAUUUAAGACAUCCUGCUGAUGGGGAAGCUUGGAAGGAUUUUGAUUCAUUGCACCCUGACUUUGCUAGUGAUGCUCAUAAUGUUAGAUUGGGUCUUUCAAGUGAUGGUUUUAAUCCAUUUCGAACUAUGAGCAUUUCUCAUAGCACAUGGCCAGUUAUGUUGAUGAAUUAUAGCUUAUCACUAUGGAUUUGCAUGAAACCGGAAGUUGAAGGAACUAUGGGAAGUGGAGUGGAAACAUAUGAUAUUGUAACUAAUCAAGCAUUUAUGAUGCGUGCAGCUUUAUUGUGGACAAUUAGUGAUUUUCCAGCAUUGGCAAUGCUUUCCAGAUGGAGUACCAAAGGGAAAUGGGCACGCCCCACUUGUAAUCAUAAUAGUUAUUCCCAAUAUCUCAAACAUAGUCAUAAGAUGUGUUAUUUGGGUCAUCGAGCAUUUUUUCCUCAUGAUCAUCCAUAUAGAAGAGAUAAAAAAUCCUUUAAUGGUAAAGAGGAGCAUAAAGUUGCACCUACUCCCUUAUCAGGCGUACAAGUUCUUGAAGAACUUCGUGAAUUCAAUAAUGUUUUUGGAAAGGGCCAAAAGAAAAGAAAACGAAAGAAUGAUAGUCCAUGGAAAAAAAAUCCAUAUUUUUUGAGUUGCCGUAUUGGGCAACAAACAAAUUGA